AUGUCUCGCAGGUUGCUCAUUUAUGGCAGCCACCUUCGGGAGGACAUUCAGGAUGGCCUGGGCUAUGGCUGGUCACUUCCCGAAGGUGUCUCACCCUCCCUGGAUUGGGACAAGCUGAUUGAGGCCAAGAACGCUGAGGUCACCCGCCUGAACGGCAUCUACCGGAAGUUGCUGGACGGUGCUGGCGUGAAGCAUUUCGAGGGCUAUGCUCGCAUCGUGGAUCCCCACACCGUGGAGGUCAACGGGGAGCGGCAUACCGCCAAGUACAUCUGCGUGGCCACGGGCGGCCGGGCCACUCGGCUGCCCAUCCCCGGCAAAAACCUACCGGGCGUGUUGACCAGCGACGAGGCGCUGGCCCUGCCCAAGAGGCCAGACAAGCUGGUGAUCAUUGGCGGCGGCUACAUUGCGGUGGAGUUUGCGGGCUACUUCCACGGCUACGGGACGGAAGUGCACCUGGUCUUCCGCCAGGACAAGCCACUGCGAGGAUUCGAUGAGGCGGGUGUCGUGAAGCUGACGGAGUGUGAAGCUUGUGGAUUGGAGGGUGCUCUUACUCCACCAGGCUGGGUCGUUUCAUAG